GAUGAGCGCGGAUCUGGAUCGCAUGUCCGUGGACUCGUGCGCUUCCUCCACGGCCUCUUCCUCGCCCUCUUCGGCGGCGCUCGGGGGGCAGCCCGGGGCCGGCGGCGGGGCGGCGGGGAUCCGGCUGCUGUCGGCCAACGUGAGGAAGCUGCACGGUGCGCUCAACCUGCUGCUGAGCGAAGCGGAGCGCGAGCAGUUCAUCCACUGCCUGAACGCCUACCACUGCCGGCGCAACGUCUUCGACCUGGUGCAGACCCUCAAGGUGCUCCUCGACGGCGCCGAGAAGAGGCAGCUGCUGCCCAUGCUGCGCCUGGUCAUCCCGCGCUCCGACCAGCUGCUCUUCGACCAGUACACCUCCGAGGGGCUCUACCUCAAGGCGGACUUCUUGCCCGCCGCCAACGGCGCCAGCCCCGGGGGCCCCCCCGACGACGCGGCGGCCGCGGGCUCUCCAAGAUCUCUGGCGCCGGCCGCCGCUGCCGCCGCGCCCCCGCCUCCCGCUCCGCCGCCGGCUGCCCGUUUCUGGCCGCCGCCGCUAGCCUCUCUCAGGUCGCAGCCGGGUUUCAGCACCACCCUCGAGGGGACAGCGCCGCUGGGCGCCUCCGGCUUGGAGGAGCUGCGCGGGGAGGUCAGGCAAGUGACCCUCAAGAGGAACAAGGCCCAGGAGGGCUUAGGCUUCAGCAUCCGAGGCGGGUCCGAGCACGGAGUCGGGAUCUACGUCUCGCUGGUGGAACCGGGCUCCCUGGCGGAGAAGGAAGGCCUCCGGGUGGGCGACCAGAUCCUAAAAGUCAACGACAAGCCCUUGGACAAGGUGACCCACGCAGAAGCUGUCAAGGCACUGAAGGGCUCCAAGAAGCUGAACCUUUCCGUCCACUCAGUGGGGCGUAUCCCUGGCGGCUACGUUACUAACCAUAUCUACACCUGGGUGGAUCCCCAGGGCCGGAGCGUCUCUCCACCGACCGGCCUGCCCCAGCAUCAGAGCAGCUCCCUACGCAAGGACGGCGAGAAAAGGAGCCACCUUCAGCUUCUGCAAGAAGGGGAUGAAAAAAAGGUGAACUUGGUGCUGAACGAAGGGCGGUCUCUGGGGCUCAUGAUCCGAGGAGGAGCCGAAUAUGCUCUUGGAAUUUACAUCACAGGCGUGGACAAAGGAUCAGAAGCAGAAAGUACCGGCUUGAAGGUUGGGGACCAGAUUCUGGAGGUGAAUGGCAGAAGUUUCCUCAGCAUCCCGCACGAUGAAGCGGUGAAACUCCUCAAGUCCUCCCGCCAUCUCAUCAUGACCGUCAAAGACAUCGGGAGGCUGCCUCACGCUCGGACCACGGUGGACGAGACCAAGUGGAUAGCGAGCUCCCAGAUUGAGGAGACCGUUGUCAACCCAGCAGGGUUCUCUGGAGAUCAUGCUGCAGAAGUGAUAGCAAAGCCGUCUUUCUACAGGGGUCUGGCAGGAUCCCAGGUAACCCUGAGCAGCCUGGUGAACCAAAGCCGCGUCAUGCUGGAGGAGCAAGCUCGCCAUCUCCUGAAUGAGCCCGAGAGAGCCACGAUGGGCUACUACCUGGAUGAGUACAAGGAGAACAACAUCCCAGUUGACGCUCUGGUUAUGGCUCUCUUUGAGCUGCUCAACACCCAUGCCAAGUUCUCACUCUUGUCCGAAGUGAGAGGAGUGAUAUCUCCUCAGGACCUCGACCGCUUCGACAACCUGGUCCUGAAGAGGGAGAUCGAAUUCAUGAAGGCCCGGCAGCCCUCGGGAACGGGAACCGGCACGGACUCCUACUCAAUCAUGUCGUACAGCGACACCGUCUCUUCGGCUGGGAGCCAUUUCACUUCCACCACCGUCAGUUCAGCUCGGGAGCGACUCUUGUGGCUAAUAGACCUCAUGGAGAAUACGUCAUCAGACUUGGAAGGGGGCGGGAACGGAUGCCAAAGCAGUGUCAAUGCCCUGCCUGACAUCUCCCUGGAUGACAUCUCCUCUUUCCCUGAGGACCCUCCACCCUUCAAGCCUCCACCUCCCACUUCUUCUUCUCAACCAGCGGACCCAUCCGCUCCCCUGAACAAGAAUGCAGCAAAAGACACCGUGACACGGCCUUCCUCGGAAUCCUCCCAGUCGGGCCUGUUCUUUGUGGCACCCCGGAACCCUACGCCACCUCCUAGCCUCUCAGAGAAGGACACGAGCAGCAUCGCUUCCUCCACGGCUACUUCCUCCACAGAGGACUCCGUCUCGAGCACUAUCUAUGCUUCUGUCUCCACCACUCACGCCUCCCGAAGAACCAUGGACGCUCAUUUGUCAUUGGUCAACCAACAUCCCAUUGGGCCCUUCCCAAGGGUCCAGUCGCCAACCCGGUUGAAGAAUCUCUCUCCUGAGGCUCCACCCACAGGCUUCCUCCCAAACCCCAGUGCACCUUCGCCUUCUCCUCCCCCUCCCCCACCCCACCCAGCUCCUCCCCCUCCCAGUGAGAAGGGUGGUCCAGAGGCUAGUCCCACCCAGCACUUCAUCAUGGUGGAAGUUCAUCGUCCCAACAGUGAGCCAGAUGUGAACGAAGUGAGGUCCUUGCCCCAAGCUAGAGCCAUUUUGCCAUUGUCGUCCGCCCCAGCCUCCACCCUCUCCCAGCUUUCCGACAGUGGGCAGACCCUCAGCGAGGACAGCGGCGUGGACAUCGGGGACACGGAGCCCAGCACCAAAGACAGGAGUCGGCCGCCAGCCCCCAUCAAGAGCCGAAGCCCCCAGGAAGCCCCGAGGGCUGAUGGGCUGGUAGAGGCUGGCCCCAAGCCGCCGGGCCUCCUGGAACCCAUGUCCCAUCUGAUCCGCGUGACAAAGAGCGCUCCAACCCUGGGCAUCGCCAUCGAGGGGGGAGCCAACACAAGGCAGCCUUUGCCGCGAAUCGUCACCAUUCAGCGAGGAGGCUCUGCCCACAACUGCGGGAAGCUGAAGGUGGGUCAUGUGAUCCUGGAGGUGAACGGCGUGGCCUUGCGAGGGAAGGAACACCGCGAGGCGGCCCGCCUCAUCGCCGAGGCCUUUAAGACAAAGGACAAAGACUACGUCGAUUUCCUAGUCACCGAGUUUAACAUCGCACUUUAGGGGUGGGGCUGCAGAAGGCCCCGAAGCCAAACGAGAGAGGGAAGGAAAGCUCAGGCUUUGGAGAGGGCUGACACACACCCGUGCACAGUCACGACACCCCAGUAGCCUCCUGCACGGAGCCUGACAAGUACGCGCAGCACGCAGCAGGCCCAGAACUCUGGCCAAAUAGACUUUGGGUUGGUGGGCUCUGGGCAGCUUCCCUGUGAACGUAUCCCACCGCUGACCUCACUCCAAGACCUGAGAAGCCAGAGAGGAGCAUCUGGGGGAAGAAGGAGCAAAAGAAUGUGGAGGAGAAACAAGGGUGUGCAUCCAUCAUCCUCGCCUGGUUGGUAAACCAUGGUUUAGGUGUCCCAUUUCUGACCCUUUGUCUCUGUGUCUGAGUGACUUGGCCAGUCACCAGUCUGACAGCCUCACCUGUCCCCAAUAGCUCUGCGCCCUGCCCCCUGCACUUUUAUGGAAGCACCUUGUGGCUGUGGCAGAGAACCAGUGAGUAGACUAGGGGAGGAGCCAUGCAUUGCCCCGCCCCCUGGUUCCUGAGGACCGCUAGAGGAGGGAGUCACCUCCAGGGGGCACCACCUGUAAUGCUCAUGCAGUGCCCCGCUCUGGGCCCAAAUCUCUGUGACCCUGGCAUGAGGUUCUUAAUACUCUGCCUUCCUAUCCAUUCAGCCAGCAACGGAGGAUGCCUUGUAAAUGGCCGGCAAUGUCAUUGUCUUUAUAUACAAAAGAGCUUGUGCUUUUAAUUUUUCAAUAAACCAAACAUGUUAGAAAGAG